UAGAAAGGAUAAUCUUUAUGACAAUGUGGUACUGAUCCUAAGCUCUGUAUAUUUGAGACGCCCAACUUUUUCGUCUAGGCAGGCACAGGAGUCCGAGCGUUUCAGUUCACAGGUCUCUGGUCUGUAUAAGACUCGAUACUGAUCAGGCAGCAUUAGACAUAAAUUUUCGGCUAAUCGAGGCUGUUGACCAGUAGACACAAAAAAUUUCGAAAUUAGUCGGGCCUUAUAUACCAUACCACCUAUUCAUUCCGCCCAUAAUGGCCACCACCACGCCGACAUACCCUGACCUGGGCAAGCUGGCCCGCGAUCUCUUCAAGCGCGGCUACCAUCCGGGCAUCUGGCAGAUCGACUGCAAGACGCUGACCAAUUCGGGCAUUGAGUUCUUCACCACCGGCUUCGCCAGCCAGGACAACAGCAAGGUGACCGGCUCGCUGCAGAGCAAGUACAAGAUCGAGGACCAGGGCCUGACCCUCACCGAGCGAUGGAACACGGAGAACUGGCUCUUUGGCGAGAUUAUGCAUCGGGACAAGUUGGCCCAGGGCCUAAUGCUGGCCGUGGAAGCCAAGUUCCAGCCGGGCUCAAACGAGGCGGAUGGCAAGUUCAAGAUGGGCUAUGCCCAUGAGAACUUCAACUUCCUGGCCGACAUUGGACUGAACUCGGAGCCGAUACUCAACUGCUCGCUGGUUGUGGGCCACAAGGAGUUCCUCGGCGGCGUGGGCACCGAGUUCGACGUUGGCAACACCGAACUCAAGGCCUGGAAGGUGGCCCUUGGCUGGACGAAUGAAACAGCUACCCUCCAUGGCGAGCUGAAGAACGGAGACACCUGGCUGGCCUCGCUGUUCUACAAGGCGAGCGACAAGAUCGAUGCCGGUGUCGAGGUCACCAAAGGAGCCGGAGGAGGCGGCGACGCCGCGGCAGACGGCGAACAGCAGGGCGGAGAUGUGGUCGUCAACCUGGGCAUGAUCUAUCACUUGGAGGAAGACGCCCUCAUACGCGCCAAGGUCAACAACCUUGUGGAGCUGGGCCUGGGCUAUGAGCAAAAGCUGCGCGAGGGCAUCACCGCAUCCAUAUCCGCCGUGCUGGAUUGCAACAACUUUAAGGACGGGAACCACCGGUUCGGCGUGGGCAUUGCCCUCCAGUGCUGAUGUGGCUGCCAAUCAGUCAACGAUUUCAGUUUCCAAAUUGGUUUAUCUUUAUUCAAAUGAGAAAUAUAUUUCGUUCUUCAACAUGGCAAUACAA